AUGCCUAAUCAUUAUAUUACCAGUGCUGUCCACUCGCUGAGCCACGCUGAAACCUUCAGUGAAGCUCUCAAGACCAUCAACGAAGGUGUAACCAGAGCCCUACCGUCCAAGCGCCAAUACAAACAAGGCAUUGUACUGAGCCUUCGCUGGGAGGACGACGACUUAGACGGGAAGGAUAUUGACGAGUUUCUACGACUUUUCGAGACGAUAUACGGCUUCAAAACUGAUUCGUUUUUGCUCCCAUCUGCGCCCAUAGCGGAGGUAGCUUUGGCUAUGCAGGCGAAAAUUCGAACGAUGCUCUCUAUGUAUGACUCCUCGGACACACUCUUCAUCAUUGUGUAUGGAGGCCAUUCGAAUGCGUACUAUGACAUACCCAUUGCUUGUGUCAGUAUCAUGGGGUCGAUGAGGGAGCCUACGGUUUCUUUACCUUGGGGUUUUGUGGAGACCGCGCUGGCCUUUACUGAUGGAGAUGUCGUCUUUAUCCUGGACUCGCCGUUCCCAUCAAGGGCGGCAAUAAACUGUGAAGAUAUUGAGUACCUCGCGGUUUCGGCAUUCAGAUCACCAGCAGCCAAGGGCAUCGAUGUAUCACUAACGAGGCGACUCAUUGACUUACUGAAUCAAGUUGAUACCGAAAUCACUAUAUCACAAAUACACGCCAAGCUUGCCGUGCAUGCAAACCGUCCCGGCAGCCAACUGGGACUUAUCCCUGUACAUCCCCCGGCCAAGAACAAGCCAUCAAUCACCCUUCGCCCUAUAGGAGCGUGCCCAAGUGUGUCGGAUAUCGUCGAGCAAUGCAUCCAGUCCUUGUCAGAAUCGAUUGCGGGGGAUGUGGCAGAUAUCAAGAUUGAAGUGGGAAUGCUGGCUUACCCUAUAGGGGCAAAGACUGAUAUUCAUUGCUUGUUUUAG